GUAAUAUUUUCUUUGUACUCUUUUCAGUUCUUUCACUAUAAAUAAAAGUCAGAGACGCCUCUCACCAUUUCUUUCUCAUUCUUUCUCUGCUUUUCUGCGGAGGUAACACCAUAAACAACUUAAUGGGGAACUGUUGGAGUUUUCAAUCAGCUUCUGCUGUCAAUCACCGCAACUCCAUUACUGCCCCCAACCCCAACAAUCGAUCAGGGAGUAUUCAGUUUUCUGCUGGUACAAGCAAUAAUAGAUUAAUACAGAGCAGUAAUUCUAUUUCUGUCGGGCACAGCAGCCACUCCGGAGGAUUCAGCAGGUUCUUUGGACCAAGUAGUAGUAAUAAUUACUCAACAGGAAAUAACACCAGCACGUCCUUUUGGGGCUCUGAGAAUAGCCAAGCCUCUCGAGUGAGGGAUGAAGAGGAGAGGGGGCAAAUAUUGGAUGUUGCAGAUCUGAGAGUAUUUACUUUGGCAGAACUGAAAGCAGCCACCAAAAAUUUCAGAGCAGAGACUCUGUUAGGAGAGGGGGGAUUUGGUAAAGUAUACAAGGGUUUGAUUAGAGCUGAGGGGUUGGCUAUUGCCAUCAAGAAGUUGACUUCUGGAAGCAAGCAAGGAGUUUCGGAAUGGCAGUCAGAGGUUAAUUUCUUAGGGAGGCUUUCUCAUCCCAACCUUGUUAAGUUGCUGGGAUUUGGGAGGGAGGAUAGUGAACUGUUUCUGGUGUAUGAAUUUAUGCCUCGUGGGAGCUUGGAUAACCAAUUAUUUGGAAGAGGUGCAAAUGUUCGGCCACUUUCUUGGGACACAAGGCUAACAAUUAUGAUUGGAGCAGCUAGGGGGCUUCAUUUCCUUCACAGCUUGGAGAAUGCCAUUAUAUAUAGGGAUUUUAAGCCCUCAAAUAUUCUCCUCGACUCAAAAUAUGUGGCUAAGUUAUCAGAUUUUGGCUUAGCCAAAUCUAUCACUUCGCCCGAUCACAGUCACAUAUCAACACGUAUUAUGGGAACACACGGCUAUGCUGCUCCUGAGUACAUUGCAACAGGUCAUUUGUACGUGAAAAGUGAUGUGUAUGGAUUUGGAAUUUUUUUGGUGGAGCUGCUGACUGGCAAGAGGAUUAGUGGUAUAAUGCAACUAUGUGGGGAAACGCCGUUGAGGGAUUGGGUCAAAAGAAAUCUUUUAAAUAGAGGGUAUAUAAGAAACACUAUGGAUGCAAAGUUGGAAGGCAAGUAUCCAUCAAACUUAGCUUUACAAACGGCUCAACUAGCUCUCAAAUGCAUUCAAAUAGAGCCCAAAGUAAGGCCAUCAAUGAAAGAAGUUCUUGAAAGAUUGGAGCAGAUUGAAUCAGCCAAUGAAAAGCCGGCUGAUAACAGAAGACGGGUUAACCGUCCUCGGGUUGUUCAACAACAUGGUCGUCCAGAUGGUGGCUAAUUGAACUGAACCCAUCAUUUUCAUAUUCCCUUGAAGCUGAUGGAUUGUGGACUUGAAGAACAUAUUGCUAAAAAAAGUGUCUUCGCUCCAGUGCAAAAAAAGGAUCGGAGGUUGUAUUAGGCCUGAGGGUGAAGGCUUGAGGGUAUCUUCCAGGGUUAAAAGCCUGUGAGACUUGUUAUGGGCACCCCAAAACUAAGACAAAGAGUUCAAAUUUCCCUCGUAUUGAUAAUGAAGAAGGUGCUCCUUUUCCAUUAAUUUUUCCACUUAUUUGUUCUUUGGAGUUUGAAUUGAAUGUAUGAAUGAAUGUUAAUAUUUAAUCUUUCUGUAAUUAUUUCAAUUUUUUAAAUGGUUUAGAUGGGUAGAAACUUGAAUAGAAAUAAUUGUUCAAUAUGAACUCAACUUCCUGCUGUAGCAACUAAAGUUAUAGUUUUGUUUGACA